AUGAGGACGCGGCUGCCGCGGCUCUCGCUGGAGGGGUCGCUCUUUGACGAGCGCCCGCCUCCCUUCGUCUCCCGCGGGGGCGCCAUCCUCGAGGCGGCGCACACACAGUUCUCUCAGCCGACGGGAGGUGCGGCGGCGGCGGUGAUUGGCGCCGACAAGUCCGGGCGCGGCGAGGUGGUGGAGUUCUUUGCCCUUCCGCCCCAGUGGCAGGCGGUGGAAUUGACCAACGCGCUGCUCCGCCAGUUCGCCUUCCGCACCUACAAGGCCGCACGGCCGGACAUCAUCCCCGCCUUCAACAACGCGCUGCCGCGGACGGUGCACUCGCUGACCCGCAGGCCGCUCGUGCUGGCGCUGCUGGAGGAGAUGGGCCUCACGGAGGAGAGCGGGGCCGUCGCCGACGAGGCGGAGCGGGGGGACGUCGCCUCCGCCUGCAACCGCCCGCGCCGCGUGGCGAGCAACGACAGCAGCGCCGUCCCCGGCUGGGAGCGCAGGGAAACCGUGCUGGAGCGGCUCCUGCGCCGCGUCCUGCGGCAGUUCCACGCGCGACACGCGGGCCAGUGCCGCGCCGUGUACGCGGACCCCGCGGCAGACGCGAGCGGCGGCGCCGGCGGAGGCCGCGACAUCCGGACCGGUUGUCUUCGCGAGUUGCCGACGGGGCGGAGGGCCUCCAACGCCGUCCCCGGCGAGUGUGGCUCCGCGGCCCAUGUGGCCUCACCGUUGGAGGCGAGGCAGCGCGACACCCGCGCCCUCCGCAAGUUCUUCGUCGACCACCCCACGGAGGAUGAGCAGGUCUUUGUCAUCGCCAACGAACUGCUGCAGCAGCAUAUCGCGACACCGCACGUGCUACCAGCGACGACGCACCUCUCGGCGGACGCGGCGAGUGAGCGCGAGUUCGGGGCCAACAAUGACGCUCUGGCGCACCUGCGGAUAAGCCGCCUCAACACCCCUGACUCUUCCAGCUGUGAUAACAAGAAGGAGGACGGAGGGAGACUCCCGCAGGAGCGCCUCGUUCUCCUCGAGUUGCUAAGAAGCGUUCAUGAAACCUCCAUGUCCGCGCGCGCAUUGUUUGCAAUAUUUAAAAAGGCGCUACAUUGGCCGUGCUGCAGUUCCGUGCGUGCGCCUCCUCCCCUGGACGCCACGAUUAGUGCACUGAAACCCAUCCGAUCCUCGCAGACGUCAACGGAGGCCGCGUUUCGCCAAGGCGGGCCUCAACGGACUGCGGGGGACGAACCGCAGGACACGCAUGACACGUUUGGGAGGGAACGGCGUCGGCGACUGCCGAGUCUUCUUUGCCUCUACCUGCAAAGCCACCUCCAGGAGAGGCCGCCAUCGAUGGAAAACGUGAACAGGCGCAUGCUACGAAUGAAGUGGGAGGACCCGCAGCUGGUCAACUGCUCCGUGAGUUGGCGUGAGAACUCCAGCGCUGGUCCGUUUUCGCCUUGCAUGUACUCGGAGCCGUGCUCCAAUACCCUGUCGAUGACGCAUUCGAAGUUCACCUCACCGUCGAAGAUCGUCUCGGUGCAGUGCAUGGACGGCACGACAAGGAUUGGGCGGGGGUCGAGUGGGGAGUUGUUUGCGGUGCGACGCCUAGACACAGGGGAGCUGGUGGCGGUGAAGCGCAUUUACCUCACGGAACUCUCACGGGAGCAUGUGGAGAGUGAGCUUUCCGUGUUGAGGCGCAGCAUCGGACUCAGUGACGACGGCAGAGGCAACGGAAGCAGCAGCCGCCCGGGCGUGGCGGCGUCGGUCACGCCGUCCUCUCCGCGAGGGAUGAGCGGCAACAGUAACGACGAUGACGGAGACAGCGACGUCGCUGAUUACAAUGGGGUGGUGCGCUUCUACGACGCCUUCUUUGACGAUGGCUGUGCGUUUAUUGUGAUGGAGCUGAUGGACAGUGGGAGUCUCUUUGACGCCUUAAAUGCACGCCGCUGUCGUCCUUUCAGUGAAGAGGAGUGUCGUGCGAUUGCCUUUCAAGUCUUGCAUGGUCUCCGGUACCUGCACGACACCAUACGCCAACUCCACCGUGAUUUAAAACCACACAACAUUCUCCUUGACAGGCACACAGGUGCGGUAAAGCUCACUGAUUUCGGUAUUUCCUCGGAUCAGCUGCAAAGCAUGGGGUUUAAUCAAUGCGACACGUACGUUGGCACGCUGGCGUACAUGUCUCCCAACAGAGUUGAUGCGGCCUCUGUCUAUGGUAAGGAGAGUGACUUCUGGGGCCUCGGCAUUACGUUGAUUCAGCUGGCGCUCGGGAAGCUGCCGUUUCUGCCGAACGUCUUUGUCAUUGCCGGCUUCGCCACGCGCCCACCACGCCUCUCCAGCAACUUCGCCAGUGACUCGGCAAGGACCUCGACCCUUGGUGAGGCUGGUACACGGCGCAGCCCGCCGUUGACCGCAUUUUCCGACGCAUUUCAGGACUUUGUUGCCACCCUAUUGCCUGCCACCCGUGGACGGAGCCACGCUGCCCCGCUUGCGUCCGCCGCGGAGGACGACGAGGAUUCAGCUCAGUCGUGCACGCACUCACUUGGGGGCUGGGGCGGGAGUGAGUUGUCGUGCACCCCCGCCGCCGCCGCCGCCGAGUGUGCUGGGGACGCCGCCGAGGGGAGUGGGCCCUCAGACAUGUCUGAGGCCUGCGUUGGGUACGACGUGCUGGUGCCCUUCGCGGCCUGGACCGCGGCCCAAAGCCGGCCGCCGGACGCGCCUGCCGGCGCCGCACAAGAGCCGCCGUCGCCGUGGGCGAGGAGCAACGAGAAGGAAAACGGCAGCCGCCACAUGCGCGCUGGCGGUGACGACUUCGACGACGCCAGGCGAGGCGGUACCGCGGCGGCGGCGGAGUUGACUUCCACCGCGCUGCUGCAGCACCCGUGGAUGCGUGGAAUGACGUGGGAGAAGAGCAGGACCGUCAUCGCGGCGAUCUCGCUGGACUCCGCGGCCGCCCCCCAUUGA